AUGGCACAGUGGAUCAGCUUCGUUCUGCUCGUCGUGACGGCGACGAUCGUGUUACCGAUGUACACGAAAGUUUCAGUGAUGCUAGACCCCUACGGGAAUCCCAUAGUCUUUCUACGAGAGAAGAGGACAGCCGUACAACCGUAUCCACAUAGAGCGAUGAUGUUCACCGGCUACUACAGACCCGUUCGACGUUCGAGUCACGGUGGUCAGGCAACAGGCGUGUUCGCGCAAGGAAACGCCGUUAGCGGCGAGGCCUUUUUCGGCGGCAUGCAGGCGCCACACUUGAAGAACGGACCGGAACCGAUCGAGGAACCGGAAGUCUCGAGCGCUGAGGCCCAGGCGGCGCCAGCGCCAGAAGAUUCUUAUAACGGGGACGAGCAGCACCAAGUCCAACAGGAGGAGGAGUACCAGCCUGAAGAUCAGCAUGCGCAGGAUGGACACCAUCCUCAGGAGGAGCCACAGUUGCCUCAGGACGAACAGCAUAAUCAAGAAGAGGAGGAACCGCAUCAUCAUAAGCAGCAUAGUGUCUUCACUCCUCAGGAGCAACCAGAACCAGUUCCCGUGUUCACCACAGUGGCAUCUCCAGUCACUCCACCAGCCGAAGAGUCAGUCUACACCAACACAGAAGCCGCCGUGAAUCGCCCAAAGGUCCAUCCGGGAAAGAAGGCCAAGAAGCCUCCGGUAGUCGUAGACGACGACGAAGAGGACGACGAAGAAGACGACGACGAGUUGUCUAUUCCCUCUUUCGUACCGCUCAAAGGCAAUCGUCGCAGACAAAACUACCCGAAUUUGAACAACUUCUUCCCCAUGGUGUUCAGCUUCCCCGGGGCGUCAACCAGACAAGGAUCUCAGGGUGGAUCUCCCCCUGGAGCGGUGACUGCCAUCGCUAACAGUUACUCCACUGGAAAAGGCGGCGUAGCUAGUUCUGUGGCCACUGCUUACGGUGGAUCUCCCAACGGGAAAAAACGGCGCACGCCGACGUCCGAAGAGUAA